CCAUCACCAGCACCACCGAAUCCCCAAAAUACAAGUACACAGUGCAUACGAAUUCGUGAAAGUAUUCAGUCAAAAUCCAACAAUGGAAACUUCAGAAGUGAAAUCUCUAAAAAAGGGUAUCAAUGAAUUGCCCGAUGAGGUUCUCUUGCAAAUUAUCUCCUUGCUUCCCAUGAAAGAAGCUGUUCGAACCUCUGUUUUGUCAACAAGGUGGAGGUAUCUUUAUGCUUCAAAUUCCUAAUCUUGACUUCGAUUUCGGUGCACUGCCGAUGGUGAAUCAGUUUAAUUUCCUGGGUUUUGUGGAUAGAUUAUUCUUUUUACGUGGCAAUCAAUACCUAACUUCUUU